AUGCCGGAAACUCGCAUCGGCAUCCAACAGCCAACACGUCGUGCACACACAGGGUUUCGAGAGAUUCAGGAUAAGGAGGGCAUUCCCCCCGAUCAACAGAGGCUCAUCUUUGCUGGCAAGCAUCUAGAGGACGGUCGCACCCUGGCUGACUACAACAUUCAAAAGAAGUCUACCCUCCACCUUGUCUUGCGCCUGAGGGGUGUCAUGCAGAUCUUUGUCAAGACAUUAACCGGCAAGACAAUCACAUUGGAGGUUGAGAGUACUGACACUAUCGACAAUGUCAAGGCCAAGAUUCAGGAUAAGGAGGGCAUUCCGCCGGACCAGCGGAGGCUCAUCUUUGCUGGCAAGCAGCUUGUGGAUGGCCGCACCCUGGCUGACUAUAAUAUCCAGAAGAAGUCUACCCUGCAUCUGGUUUUACGCCUCCGAGGUGGGAUGCAGAUCUUUGUGAAGACACUUAUUGGGAAUACUAUCACACUUGAGGUUGAGAACUCUAACACAAUUGACAACAAGGAAUCCACUCUUCAUCUUGUCCUGCGUCUCAGAGGAGGGAUGCAGAUCUUCGUCAAGACCUUGACUGACAAGACUAUCACACUUGAGGUUGAGAGCUCUGACACAAUUGACAACGUCAAGGCGAAGAUCCAGGAUAAGGAGGGCAUCCCACCUAACCAACAGUGGCUCAUCUUUGCUGGGAAGCAGCUGGAGGAUGGACGCACAUUGGAUGAUUACAAUAUCCAGAAGGAAUCCACUCUUCAUCUUGUCCUGCGUCUCAAAGGAGGGAUGCAGAUCUUCGUCAAGACCUUGACUGGCAAGACUAUCACACUUGAGGUUGAGAGCUCUGACACAAUUGACAACGUCAAGGCAAAGAUCCAGGACAAGGAGGGCAUCCCACCUGACCAACAGCGGCUCAUCUUUGCUAGAAAGCAGUUGGAGGAUGGACGCACAUUGGCUGAUUACAAUAUCCAGAAGGAAUCCACUCUUCAUCUUGUCCUACGUCUCAAAGGAGGGAUGCAGAUCUUCGUCAAGACCUUGACUGGCGAGACCAUCACACUCGAGGUGGAGAGCUCUGACACAAUUGACAAUGUCAAGACGCUGACUGGCAAGACAAUCACGUUAGAAGUGGAGAGCUCUAACACCAUUGACAAUGUGAAGGCCAAAAUCCAGGACGAGGAAGGGAUUCCUCCAGAUCAGCAGAUACUCAUCUUCGCUGGAAAGCAGCUUGAGGACGGGUGUACCUUGGCAGAUUACAACAUCCACAAGGAAUCCACUCUUCAUCUCGUUCUGCGCCUCCGUGGUGGCCGUGUUAACUGA